AUGGAGGUGGAUCUGGUGGUGGCAACGGUGGUGGAGGAGGUGGCAACGGUGGUGGAUCUGGUGGUGGCUACGGAGGUGGCAACGGUGGUGGAGGAGGUGGCAACGGCGGCGGAGGAGGUGGCAACAGAGGUGGAUCUGGCGGUGGCUACGGAGAUGGCAAACGUGGUAGAGGAUAUGGCAACGGUGGUGGAUCUGGUGGUGACUGCAGAGGUGGCAACAGUAGUGAAGGAGGUGGCAACGGUGGUGGAUCUGGUGGUAGCUACGACAAAGAUCAAGAUCUCACUGUCAAGCUUCCUAUACUACCGACAACGAGGGAAUGGAAAGUCUCUAUACAUUUACACGCCAUAUGAACCAGCAACAAGAAAAACAGUUGGUAAAGUGGCGAGGAAGUUUGCUGACGACCGUGGAGCUCUUGAGAAGAGUGUAACAACCUUCAAGAAAGUGCAGAUUAGGAAAGGAGGCGGGGUUGCAAUCUAUGUCAAGGAUAAUCUGAAGUAUGAAAUGUAUCAGGAAAUAAAAACUGAACUGAAUACAAAAACAAUUUGGGUAGAAUUCACCAAUGCGGCGGCGGCAGCGGCGCAGAGUGGCGGCGGCGGCGUCUAUAGUUCUGAAGGUAGAGGCAACGCUUGGCGGUGGCGGCGGCGACAGCUAUGGUUCAGAGGUGACGGUAGCAGCGGCGGCGGCGGCUACAGCUCUGGAGGUGAAGGCAACGGCGGCGGCGGCAGAGGCUAUGGUUCCGGAGGUAGAGGCAACGGUGGCGGUAGCAGCGGUGGCGGCGGCUACAGCUUUGGAGGAGGUGAAGGCAACGGUGGUAGUGGUGGCGGCACAGGCGGCGGCUAUGGUUCCGGUGGUGGAGGCUAG